AGUUUUGACUGUUUUGAGUCAGUUAUUGUGUGUGAAAUUGUUGUGAAUUGUUGUGUGUUAUUUUUGUGUGAAUUGCGGAUGUGCAUGGUGCAUUCUUUGUGUGGUUCUGGAAUGAAUGAACAUGUUAAAGAGACAGUCUACUCAUUUUUCUGACAUCUUUGUUCGCGGAAUUUUGCACUGAAAAGUUACAAAAUAGGAUAAAGAGUCAACAAACUUGGCUCCCAGACAUUUGUGCACCUCGUCAUCUGCUUUAUCAUUAUCGUUGUUCCAACUCCAGUUUGUUCCACCAAUUUGCAUUUUUCUUAAAAUGCAGCAUUCUUUGAGUUUUGGAUUUUUCUCCGUUAUAAGACUCAAGUAUUGGUUUCCUGACUUCCUUGACAUAAUCCCAUCAGAACCUUGAGAAAUAUAAAGAACUUGGAGGAUGCGGUGGUCUUUGCUAACCUUACUUCUUGGCUGGACGAAUUGCCUCACCGGAAAAACUGAUGAUGGAAAGAUCACAGCAACCUCAUUUUUUGGCGAAAUACGGUCAAGUAAAACAUUCGUCGACAAAACGUUAUGGCUGAAGGAAUUCAUCGAGCUUCCCUCCAAGCAUGUUUAUCUCACAGCACCCUUGCGGUUCGGCAAAACUACCAACCUGAAAAUGAUGGAGGAAUUUUUCAGUAUCACCAACAACGAGGAACAGGCCCGUAAAAUUUUCGAGGGAGCAGAAAUCUACACCAAGAAAAAAAACUUGUUCAAAGCUCAUUUCCGGAAGUACCCGGUGGUAUACAUCAAUUUCCGACCUCUUUUAGGAACAACAGACCGCGACAGCUUCAGAAGGCACGUAUGCCAAAUUUUCAGCGAUAUAAGAAACAACACAGAUCCAACGCUAUUCAAUCUAACCGCCGAGGAGAAAAUCGCCGAGGCUAAAAAAUUUAGUUACGAUUGUGUGAGCGAGUUCCGGUUCGACAGAGUCACAAUCGAUUACACUGCGGCGGUGUACUUACAUUAUCUUCAAAGGAUAAUUAUUCUGAUCGACGAGAUCGACGCGCUAACACGUGCUAUUUUAAAAUAUAACAUUGUGGAGCAAGAUGGGGCGGUAUUGGAUUUUAGGGUGAUACUAGAGAAGUGGGUGGAGGGUAACGAGCACAUUGAGAAGAGUUUUAGUGUUGGAUCUGUGUCCACGGACCGCUUAGCCCACGUGGAUCCUUAUCCAGCCUGCAUCGAAAGAGUUGCUUUCAAUGAUAAUGAAAAGUACGCGAAGUACCUAGGCCUCACUGAGGGAGAAGUAGAAAAUUUACUCGAGAAAUUUGAUCUCGCAGAAUGUCUACCUAGAUUCACGUCGUAUUACGAUGGAUACGCUGUCACUAAUUCUAGUAUACACGUGUACAACACAAUUUCCUCGCUUGAAUUUGUAAAUAAACGAAAAUUUGCGCCCUACUGGGCUGAAUAUAUUGAGCCGUUGAAAGACGAUUUUCUAGGCCUCAUCUCGCGACCUGAAAUCGGAUCCCUGGUCGAGAAGGCCAUUCUUCGGGAUAUGAACGAUCUGCCAAAAUUCGCGCGUCUCAACAAUACGAUCGGGAAAGAUAUUUUCCACGCUAUUCGUGGCAAUGCUACAGAAUGUGAGAAGGAUGCAGUCGCAACUGGCGACAUUUUUUUCAGUUUCCUCAAGGAGUCCGGCUAUGUCAGGAUGGUCACCGAAAACGGGUUCCUAGCGACCAAUCAGGAUGCUGCUUACGCCCUGGGGACGACUUUGGCGCGAGAUUCAAAUUAUUAUAAAAAUUCUCGCAAUAUCUCUUCCGCUGCGAAGAUGAAACUCGUGAAGGCUGUAAAAAAUCUAGCGCUGUCCGAAGAGACGAUGGUAGAACUGGCCUCGGCGGUUCACGGCCUUUUCCAUCUGGCUUGUCCGUUGGUGACAAAGGAGCGGGUGUCUUUCGUGGGUCCGAUUUUCACGAUUCUAGCCUACGAAGACCCGGAGGCCUUUGAAGCGGUGCUGGCACCUUUGCAUGUCGGGGUUCAGCCGAACAAGCCAGACCUGGUGCUCGUUCGCAAAAACGCUGUAGCUUUUGUGGUCACUCUGAAGUGGGGCGAAAGUGCGCGCGAAGCUUUGGAAGCAGCUAUGGCCUCGGAUUAUGAGGGUGUCUUCGAGCAUGAUUUGAAAGGUCUCAAGAUUGAGUCGACGAUUUUCGUAGGGAUCGGUUAUUUGGACCCCCUGUGUCGGGUCUCGAUAAGCUAUGGGAAAGAAGGGGCGAAAAGGGAAGAUUUCAAAGAAGUGCGUAAUGUAUUAAAGAGUCAUGCCUAAUUUUGAGGUGGGUAAGUUUUAGCAAAACAGUUAAUACUUCCGUGUAACAGAGGGGGAUAGCACAACAUGUUAUGUCCAUGUUGGUAAGGAUCCGGUUCCAAAGUUGCGGAACAUAAAUGUUUGAGUUUGUUCCGAAGUCACUAAAUGGUAAAAAUACAGCUUUUUGGGGUUAUUACUCCCAUUGAUCGCGAUGAAAUGAGGCAAAAUGCACUUUAAAGCGAAGACUCAAAAUGUUUAGCACAGAAUCUCGAAAAUUUUUCUUUUGCCAUAACAUCGCAUUUUUUCAAUUUCAAGAUACUCCGCGAAACAUUGAAAAAUCAGGGAAAUUCAAGCUCACAAUCCAUAAAAAUUCAGAGAAAUUUGGAAUCAAGAAAAAUUAUUCUACCAUUUUUGUGUUUUUUGCACCAAAGGAUGCGGAGUUAUCUCCUCUGUGUUUGGGGUAUACUGUCAUUUUAUACCCCUUCCUCCACCCAGGAAAGUACCUUUAAGUUCUCAUAUGUAUAUAUGUAUAUGACAUAUUUUUAAUGAGGAACUACUAUGCAGAUAGGUGUUUUCUUGGAUGAGCCAGAAAUAACCGGUCCUUCUUGGAAAAUGUAGUUCAUAUGAAACACUACUAUACUUUUGUAAUGAUAACCACUAAUUCUUCUCGGUGAACCCACAUUCCAGCUGCGAGUAAGAGUUUGAUCGCACGAGCGUGGACAUGGAGUAAACCGGGUGCGUGCUCCCUUUUUUUUUUUUAAUAUCACGCCUCGCUUGAUUUCAAAGCGUAUUUCAGGGAGCUCGAGUGAAUAAAGCAGGGCGAAUGAGGUUACCAAAUUGAGUAUCCACCGCCGAGAGAAAGAAAGACAAACCCGACGGUGGUUUCCUUUCAGACGGCCGUAGCUUCGGCUUAACCGUAAAUAAACAACCGCUUGCGUGGUCAAGGACAAAAAAAAACCAAAGUUAGUUUAUGUACUUAUUCUGAGGCCUUUUAUACGGGGCGUUGUGGUCGGACUGGGCCCUUUUAACAGCGAAUUAGUUGUUGGGGUAGAAAAUUAAUAAUCGAGGAAUCAUUAAUUGUAAGACUACUGAAGCCCGAUGCUAUUACUUCUUUUUAAGAAUUUAUCCUCCGGUUAAAAUUUCACUAGCAUUUGGGAUAUCCCUUACAUUUCAAUCGAAGGUCCUGAAUGUUGACCCUGAAUAAUGUGUGCAACUUUUAUUUUUAAAGAGAUUUGGUGAUUUUGCUUGUGCGAUAUAAAUUCAGUAAAAAGCGGAAACUCUCAUUUCAGAGAGAAAAAGCUCAUCAGAGCACUUCAUUCCCCCAUAGAGAAAAUGUUGUUUAGUUUACGAUAUUUUUUAAGUUUACGAUAUUUUUUUUAUUAAAUUUAUUUUUUUCAUUUAUUCAA